GAGCGGGGGACUCUGACGGUGACUGCGCAGGAUGUCACCCACAAGCCUCGAGAGGAAUUCGAGGAGGCCAUCAUGCGCCUCAGAGGCUCCAUGCGCGGCAGCGGGGACGCCUCGUCUCUAUCUCUGGACCAGGCAACUCGGCCUCCCAGAGUCGAAUUUGCCAGAUCCAGCACGGUUGAAGCCUUGACCAACGUGAUAGACUCGCUGAACCUCCGCCAGAGCUCAACAGUCGGCCACUCCCAGGCGCUCAGGCGCGUUGGUGCUGAGCUGGAGCACAGGCGGCGACGGCAGCUUCAACGCGCAUACCUUGGGUCCAGGCAUGGGAGUCAUGUCUGCCGUCUUCGGAGGCUCCCAGUUCUCCUCCACGGUGGGACUGGGACAUCAAGCGAGAUUCCAGAGCCCUCGCCGGCGCCGGUGCCGCGGCUUCGCAUGUCAAGCCUUGAGGCAGUGCUGCAUUUCGUCUCAAUACCAGCAGAAGGCCUCCACCAAACGGACCUGGAGCUUUGCAGUGUGCUGUGGAUCCUGCUGUACUAUGGUCUACAGCGAUGUCACCCUGGUCUGCAGCGGUUGAG